AUGGCUAAAGGCGGCAAAGCGCGGCGCGAAAGUCCCGGACCGAGAAUAACUACUUCAAAGCGCUUUGUGCUCAACACUAAAGCUAAGGAAAACAAUAAACUUGAAAUUUACCAAAGCGUUCGUCGCCGGCUGGUUGGGUGGGUUCGGGCCUUCUGCUUUGUGAAAGUCAAAAAUCACAAAGAGGGGGGGGGCGCCUCGGGCUCGGCGGCGGCGGCGGCGGCGGGGACCCCGGGGUCGGCGGCGGCGGCGGCGGCGUCGGGGGCGUCGUCGGGGGGUUCGGGCCUGGCGCUGUGGCGGCGGAAGGACGGCGGCCCCUCCGCCAAGUUCUGGGAGAGCCCGGACACCGUGUCCCAGCUGGACUCCGUGCGCGUCUGGCUCGGGAAGCACUACAAGAAGUACGUUCAAGCGGAUGCUCCCACCAACAAGACGCUGGCCGGGCUCGUGGUGCAGCUUCUCCAGUUCCAGGAAGACGCUUUCGGGAAACACGUCACCAACCCUGCCUUCACCAAACUCCCUGCAAAGUGCUUCAUGGAUUUCAAGGCUGGGGGUACCUUGUGUCAUAUCCUCGGAGCCGUUUACAAGUUUAAAAAUGAACAGGGAUGGCGCAGAUUUGACCUGCAGAACCCCUCCCGAAUGGAUCGCAACGUCGAGAUGUUCAUGAACAUUGAGAAAACACUAGUACAGAAUAAUUGCCUGAGCAGACCUACCAUCUACCUCAUUCCAGAUAUUGAGCUGAAGUUGGCUAAUAAGCUGAAGGACAUUGUCAAACGGCAUCAGGGAACCUUCACCGACGAGAAAUCAAAAGCCUCCCACCACAUUUAUCCUAACCCUACCUCACCGGAUGACGAAGAGUGGUUGAGACCUGUGAUGAAAAAAGAUAAGCAGGCGCUCGUUCACUGGGGGUUUUACCCAGACAGCUACGACACUUGGGUUCACGCUAGCGAUAUCGACGCGGAAAUCGAAGACCCUCCAAUCCCGGAAAAGCCGUGGAAGGUGCAGGCCAGGUGGAUCUUGGACACCGAUAACUUCAACGAGUGGAUGAACGAGGAAGAUUACGAAGUGGACGAGAACAAGAAGCCCGUGAGCUUUCGCCAGCGCAUUUCGACCAAGAACGAAGAGCCCGUCCGAAGUCCCGAGAGGAGAGACAGGAAAGCGACGGCGAGCACGAGGAAGAGGAAACACUCGCCUUCUCCUCCGCCUCCCGCGCCGGCAGAAUCGAGGAAAAAGGCCGGAAAGAAAGGGCAAGCCAGUCUGUAUGGGAAGCGGCGAGGUCAGAAAGAGGAAGAUGAACAGGAAGAUCUCACCAAGGACAUGGAGGACCCAACCCCGGUACCCAACAUAGAGGAAGUGGUGCUUCCCAAAAACGUGAAUCCAAAGAAAGACAGUGAAAACACGCCGGUCAAAGGAGGAACAGUGGCUGACCUAGAUGAACAGGAUGAAGAAACUCUGACCACCGGCGGAAAGGAAGACGAAGACCCCGGGAAGGGGGAUCAGAGCCGAUCGAUCGACCCGGGCGAAGACAACGUGACGGAGCAGACGAAUCACAUCAUCAUCCCCAGCUACGCGUCGUGGUUCGACUACAACUGUAUCCACGUCAUAGAGCGCCGGGCUCUUCCAGAAUUCUUCAAUGGGAAAAACAAGUCCAAGACUCCAGAAAUAUACCUGGCUUAUCGUAACUUCAUGAUCGACACGUACCGCUUAAACCCUCAAGAAUACCUAACCAGUACCGCUUGCAGGAGGAACCUGACCGGAGACGUCUGUGCUGUAAUGAGGGUUCACGCCUUCCUGGAGCAGUGGGGUCUGGUGAAUUACCAAGUGGAUCCGGAAAGCCGGCCCAUGGCCAUGGGCCCCCCGCCCACCCCUCACUUCAACGUCUUGGCUGAUACGCCCUCCGGGCUUGUGCCUCUCCACCUCAGGACUCCUCAGGUCCCUGCUGCUCAGCAGAUGUUGAAUUUUCCCGAGAAGAACAAAGAGAAGCCCACCGAUUUGCAGAACUUUGGCCUCCGCACGGAUAUUUACUCCAAGAAAACCUUAGCCAAGAGUAAAGGAGCCAGUGCUGGAAGGGAGUGGACUGAACAGGAGACCCUGCUGCUAUUAGAGGCGCUGGAGAUGUACAAGGAUGACUGGAACAAGGUGUCGGAGCACGUCGGGAGCCGCACCCAGGACGAGUGCAUCCUGCAUUUCCUGCGCCUGCCCAUCGAGGACCCGUACCUGGAGAACUCGGACGCCUCGCUGGGCCCCCUGGCCUACCAGCCCGUUCCUUUCAGCCAGUCCGGGAACCCGGUCAUGAGCACCGUCGCCUUCUUGGCCUCCGUCGUCGACCCCCGCGUGGCCUCCGCCGCCGCCAGGGCAGCUCUAGAGGAGUUCUCCCGGGUCCGAGAGGAGGUGCCCCUGGAACUGGUCGAGGCCCACGUCCGGAAGGUCCAAGAGGCGGCGCGGGCGUCCGGGAAGGUGGAUCCGACCUACGGCCUGGAGAGCAGCUGCAUCGCCGGCACCGGGCCCGACGAGCCCGAGAAACCCGAAGGGGCCGAAGAAGAGAAAAUGGAAACCGAAACGGAAGGGCAGCAGCCGGAAAAGGCGGAAAACAAGGGAGAAAGUGAGACAGAUGAAGGCGACAAAGCCCAGGAUGGAGAAAAUGAGAAGAACAGUGAGAAGGAACAAGAUUGCGAAGCCAGCGAGGAUCCCAAAUCAGAGGAGAAAGACGCCGAGGAGAACAAGCAGAAUGCCGACGCGUCCAAAGAGAGAGAGAGCGACGUUGGGAAAAAGAAGGUGGAGCAUGAAAUUUCCGAAGGAAACGUGGCCACGGCCGCCGCGGCCGCCCUCGCUUCCGCCGCCACCAAAGCGAAGCAUCUCGCUGCAGUCGAGGAGAGGAAGAUCAAGUCCCUGGUGGCCCUCCUGGUUGAGACCCAGAUGAAGAAGCUGGAGAUCAAACUUCGUCAUUUCGAGGAACUGGAAACGAUCAUGGACCGGGAGAAAGAAGCCCUGGAGCAGCAGAGGCAGCAGUUGCUGACGGAGCGCCAGAACUUCCACAUGGAGCAGCUGAAAUACGCGGAGCUCAGGGCCCGCCAGCAAAUGGAGCAGCAGCAGCACGGGCAGAGCGCUCCCCCCGCCCAUCAGCACAUGACCCCGCUCGGGGGAGCGGCCGGCCAUCCGGGCAUGUUGCCCCAUCAGCAGCCCCCUCCCUACCCUAUGAUGCACCACCCGAUGCCCCCUCCGCACCCGCCCCAGCCAGGUCCCGGCGCCAUGAUGCCCGGCCGCAUGAUGCCGGCCGUCGCGGCCAACGUCCACCCCGCCGGAGGGGGGCCCGCCCCGCCGGGACUGCCGCCGAUGCCCGGAAACCUCAUCGGACCACGGGCGCCGCUCGCCGCGCCCAACGGCAUGUAUCCCCCUCCGCCGCAGCCGCCGGCAGCACCGCCGCCGCAAACGCCCGCCGCCGACGGGGUCCCCCCACCUCCGGCGGCCUCAACCACCACCGCCUCGGCCGCCCCUUAGACGGUCAAGCCGCGCGAGGAUCCUCCGGGCGCCGGCGCAGUGGCGAUGGGGCUCGUAUUCCCGUUUUCUCCCCCCUCCUCUCCCUCCCCCGCUCCGACCCGCUCCGUCGGGAGGACGGCGGCGCCGGUUUGCGGGGGCCCGUCCCCACCUGAGUCUCGCAGCCCCAACCCGCGCUCUGCCGCGGUUUCGGCCCGCGGGCCCCUUUUUAAUCAUCUUCGCGCCGUUUUCGUUUCUACAACCAUUACUUCUUUAAGGAAGAGGGAUCUAGUUGGUCGGACCCCGGGGCGGGCGGGCCAAGAAGCGUCUGAGCCCUGGGCCCGUCCCCAGGAGUCCCUUCUCAGCUUCCCAGAAAAGACCGAGGGUGGGCGGCCGUCCCGGAAACCCACCCAGCGGGGCCCGCGGGAGCGGUAAGCGGGAGCCGAUAUUAGGGAGGAAUAUUAGGGAUAUUAGGGAGGGACCCGCCUCUGACCGGCCUCGCCUAUUUUCAGGUCACACCGUCUCUCCCUCGACUCGCUUCAGUAGCGAAACGUCAUUCCCGCCCCCCCCCCCGACUCCAUCCCGGUACAGCGGGGCAAGCCGGAGGUGGAGCACCUGGAAUACGCUCACUCUCUUCCCCGGGAUUGCUCGUCCUGACUUUCUAUGCAGAUCUCCUUUUGUGUUUUUUCCGGGGGGGGGACGGUUUUGUUUUUUUCCCCCGGGCCGUUCCCCGGAAUGGGGGCCGGUGUCCCCGCCCCGGCCUCCCCGGGAAGCUUUCAGGAGGCGAGGGCGGGAGGAACCGAGCCCGUCAGUCACUGUUUCGGAGGCGCCCUUUUUCCUCCCUUCCCUCCUCCCACUUUAUAAAAAGAUGAAAAAGGACUAAAAAAAAAAAAAAAAAGGUAGAUAGGUGAAGAUGUAGCGGACGGGACUUGGUUUGGACGGCGGCAGGGCGGGCAGGAUUCAGCGGAAGCGGUACUUGGGGCCGGGUUACGGGGUCCCGGCGGCGUGCAAGCUCCCUCACGUGCCCCGUCUCGCCGGACUCGGGCGGGAGGGGAAGGGGCCGGGAAGCUCCGUGGAGACCGCGGCAGGGAGCCCUGUCCUCCUCCCUCGGGGAGAGACACCGAGAUGCCUUAAUUGCCCAGUUCGGCCCGCGAAAUCCCGUCGCCGGGCCUCGGAGGACGGCGACUCGGGCGGCCCCCGUCCGGUCCGAGUCCUCCCGGGCCCGCUCGCUUUUCAUCCUCGGGGAAGGGGGUG